CGAUGGCCAGUCGAUCGUAGGACCUUUGUUGAUUCGGAUCAUUUUGACACGAGUUGGUGACGAAUGUGCAUCUCUGUCCCAAUCGCAAGUGCUGUUCAACUAUUUUUCGUACAUGUGAUACCUUGAUCAACAUCUCGUUAGUGUUUCACCACCAAACUUUUGUUUCGUUUCGGCCACGUUGAAUUAUGACUGUGUUCUCCUGAGUCCCAGUUACGUGCCAGUGUGUCGUUUGGGGGUGGGUUGAAGGCAAAAGAGAAGAGUAAAGAACGACAUCAUGGAUUGGCAUUUUAGUUUACGAUGGCUGAACUGUGCAAAAACCCUGCGGCCUCAUGUUUAUUGGAUUGCUAUCAUCGUCGUCCUUGUCUGUUGCCAAGACAUCGGAUAUUGCUCCAACCAAGCAGCUGGUGACGAAGAUCUGGUGUUUACAGCCGAGCCGCAAGAUGCGGUCGUGAGUAAGAAUUCUUCCGUUGUCAUCGACUGCGGUGUUCCAGCUGGCUGGCUACGCGACAUGGAAGACGCCGGACCGGCUCCAAUCAUCGAAUGGAAACGAGACGGAGUCCUCCUCAGUCUCAACGGCGAAUAUAGAAGGUCGGUGCUGGCCAACGGCUCGCUGCAUUUCACCAGCGUCCAGCACACGCGCAACGAAAGACCCGAUGAAGGGUUGUACCAGUGCUCGGCCACGAGGCCGUCGGUCGGGACCAUCAUCAGCCGGGCGGCCAAGCUGCAAAUCGCCUCUUUGCCCAGGUUCGAGAUGGAGCCCAAAGACGUGGCCGUCCGAGUCGGAGAUACGGCCCGUUUCAACUGCCUCGUCAUGGCGACGCCAGCUGCCUACGUCCGUUGGUUGAAAGACGAUCUACCUCUAAAUAUAGAUCCGGCUAGAAUGAUCAUACUGCCUUCAGGAGCCUUGGAACUGGAACAAGUCCAACUUUCAGAUCAGGGCUAUUACCGGUGCAACGUGUCGAACGUGGACAAGUACCGAAUCAGCGCCGAAGCCAAGCUCAACGUCCACUCUGAACUGGAGGAGGGCGGACGGCCGGAAGCGCCAAACUUCCUGGCCACGCCGCGCAAUACGGUCGUCAUUGAGGGGAGUCAAGUCACGCUGGAAUGCGCCGCCAACGGCCAUCCCAGGCCGGAUAUUACCUGGCUCAAAGACGGAACCACCAUCGAUCUAGAUCAUUUGGACAGCCGAUUCCACCGUGUCGGCUCUGGUAGCCUACAAAUCGACGCCGUGACGGAAGCGGACGUUGGCGACUAUCAGUGCCGGGCGGAGAACACGGAAGAUUCUGUGGAUGUUACGGCCCAGUUGGAGGUUCAAGUGCCGCCGCGCUACGUCGCCCGCCCGCGCAGCACCACUUCCCACGAGAAGGACGACGCUGAACUCGAGUGCCAACUCUACGGACGGCCCGAACCCACCGUCCAGUGGACCAAGAACGGAGAGCUCAUCAUCGAAAGCGAAUAUUUCCAGAUUAUCAAUGGAAAUAAUUUGAAAAUCUUGGGUCUGGUGGCUUCGGAUUUCGGGAUCUACCAAUGCAUCGGCUCCAAUCCGGCCGGUAACGUUCAAGCGGCCGCCAGUUUGACCAUCUACUCAUCAGAUUACGACAAUGGCACGUCGUCCAACCCGAUGGAUUUGACGACCGCUUCAUCUCCUACUGACGACUCAGGAACGCGCGAGGCUGUCGCACCCGCCGGCCCUUCGGACGAUCGCCAGACGUCCGAGGCCACCCAAACCGAUGUUUUUAUGACACGUGACGGCGGUGGCAGCAGCAGCGGUGGCGGUGAUGUCAACAGUGAGGGAUCGACGUCGUUGCCGUCGGCGCCCAGAGAUGUCGAAGCCCUGAUUGUCUCGUCGCGCUUCGUUACGCUGCGCUGGAAAGAGCCCGUCAGGACCAACGGGCCAGUCAUCGGCUAUUCCGUCUUUUACCGACAAGAAGGCUCCGAACGGGAACGAGUGGUGAACACGAGCCGAUCCCGUCUCGAGGAAGUCAACGUUCCGGGCCUGCAGCCGGGCAAGAAGUAUUCGUUGCGCGUAGCGGCUUUUAACGAGCUCGGCGCCGGAGCUAGUACGGCUUCGCUGGAAGUGGAGACGCUCGUCGAGCCGCACGUGCUCCAGGCGCCCUCCAAUUUGAGCGUCGCCGCCGUCUCGCCCGUUAGCCUCAUGGCCAGCUGGGCGUCACCCGAUAUGGGCUCGGGAAGCCACGGCCAUUUGCCCAUCCGAAACUACAAGCUCUUCUACAUGGAAGUCGGCUCGGCCGAGGAGCACGAGGUCGUCACUAGCCACACGAGCCAUCUGAUACACGGACUCAAACCCUACACCGAGUAUUCCGUCUGGGUCGUCGCUUUCAACGACAACGGCCCUGGAACCAGCACGGAGGAGGCAACGGCCAGGACAUGGUCCGACGUCCCGUCCGAUACGCCGCAGAACGUCGUCGCCGAACCGGCCAGCUCGGCGAGCAUCAUCGUACGUUGGGAUCCACCCUCUUUGGAGAAUCAGAAUGGCAUCAUCACAGGGUACAAGAUCCGUUAUAAACCCAAAACGGGGCGCGGACGGUUGCCUUUGAAUCCCGGCUCAUCUAACGCUGGAUCGACGGCGACGACGGACGGCAGUCGACGUCUUUACACGUUGACUGGGCUCAUCCGCGGAACGGAGUAUCAAGUUCGAGUUUCGGCUCUGACUGUCAAUGGUUCCGGCCCGAUGACGGACUGGCUGACGGCCGAAACGUUCGAAAACGACCUGGACGAGAGCCAAGUACCGGAGCCGCCCAGCUCUUUGAGAGCUCGUCCGAUGACGAAUUCGAUUGCCGUCUCCUGGAACCCACCCAGCAACCAGAAUGUCAUGGUCCGCGGUUAUACGAUCGGAUGGGGUAAAGGCAUCCCGGACGUCUACUCGAAAUUGGUGGACGGGAAGCAGCGAGCCUUCGUCAUCGAGAAGUUGGAAGCCAAUUCAGAGUACGUCAUUAGCUUGAGGGCUUACAAUCAAAUGGGAGACGGACGGCCCAUCUACGAGACGGUUCGCACACGCGAGGAAUCGACGCCCGAACCGCCCAGCCCAUUGAUUCCGCCCGUCGGCUUGAAAGCCAUCGUUCUCUCAUCGACGACGGUGGUUCUCUACUGGACGGACACCACCCUACCCCGCAGCCAGAUUGUCUCCGAUUCCCGAUACUACGUUGUGAGAUACACGUCCAGCCACACGUCCAGCAACCCUCGCUACCGCUACGUGAACUCUACAGUCCUCAAUUGCAUGCUGGACGACUUGAAACCCAACACCCAAUUCGAAUUCGCCGUCAAAGUCAUCAAGAAUCGUAGAGAGAGUCCCUGGAGCUUGGUGGUGCCCAACACCACCUUCGAAGCGGCCCCGUCGUCUCCUCCGCGCGAUUUGACGGUCGUCCCAGUCGAAGAGAACCCGUCCGCCAUCAAUCUCAACUGGCAACCGCCUAAACAGCCCAACGGUCAGAUUACUGGUUACGUCAUCUUCUACACAACAGACAGCUCGCAGCGCGAUCGAGACUGGGUGGUAGAAGGUGUCGUUGGCGAUAAGAUGACCACGACCAUUAAAGGUCUGACACCCGACACUGCGUAUUUUAUCAAAAUCCAGGCCAGGAACAACAAAGGAUACGGACCUUUCUCCAGCAUCAUUCAAUUCCGCACCAAUCCGAGCAACGGUAUGACUUACCACGACUCUGUUCCAGUUACCAGAGACAGUCGAGGCAUUUCGAGCACGACGUUGUACAUCAUCCUGGGCAUCGCAACUGGCAUCAUUAUAAUCCUGUUGGGUGUAGUGCUCGUGGUUGUCUUCCGACGCCGUGAUACUAGCGUCACAACAUCACCCGAUCGUUCCAAAAAAGGCUACGUCAAGGGCAAUGUUAAAGCUACAGGCAAAUUGGGUAAAGCAGACAACCCUCCCGACUUGUGGAUCCAUCACGAUCAGAUGGAGAUGAAAGGAUUAGAUAAAUCCCUGCAGCGUUCGGGGUCUGUUAACACGGUCUCGCCACACAACAUGCGACGAUCGCAAGAUCUCGAUUCACUUGACGGCAUGGCGUCGGGAUCAACUGCUGGACGCGGUCCCAGCACCGCUGCCAAUGAUUCGCUCGAUCGGCGGGCCGCCUACGUCACCGCCUAUGCAGGAAGUAGCAACUCACUCAGGCGUCCAAUUAAACCCAAGAGCCUUUUGAUUAGUGUCGCUACCACCACCCAACCCGUCCGCGAACCUGUGGCGACGGUGACACCGAUACCCAAUGGCAGUUUGAAUCAACACAGCGACUCCCGGCCCGUUUACCCUGCGGCGCCGCGACCUGGCAUUUACCCGUCCGCUGGGCCGCCUGCCGCCGGCCGAGCUCAUGUUACGGUGGACGUCAGCAUUCCGUCAGACUCCACUUACGGCAGUCAGGGCAGCUAUGACAGCCGCUCGAGCCUCGUCCAUCCGCUGCCAGCCAACAUGAACAUGAUGGGCCCUUCGUCUUGCCAGCCGUCCAAUGUGACGCCCUCCACGGCCUUGUUGUCCGGCGCCGAUGCCAAACGCAACACUCAACUCGGCCAUCCGCUCAAGAGCUUCACCGUGCCCGCUCCGCCGCCUCAAUCGGCGCCGCCCAUUAAGAUAGUCUCGCCGAAUAACAGAAACGGCCGUCAGUCGGUGAACGCCAUGGCCACGCAAUCCAGUCCUUACAAGAAGGCGCUGGUGGGUGCGCCAGUGACGUCACCUCCGGCUCUUCACAAAGCGAACAGCGGCGGCGGAGGUGUCAGGACGGGCGCCAACGAUUUGAUCAAAUCUCCCGAGAAGAUCAUUCAAAGUUCGUACAGCACCGAAGAGCUCAAUCAGGAGAUGGCCAAUUUGGAAGGUCUCAUGAAGGACUUGAACGCCAUCACCGCCAACGAAUUCGGCUGCUAAAACUCGCGCCAACUAAAAAGGGGUAAACGCAUCUGGUUUUUUUUUUUAAAUAGCUAUUUCAUGGUACCGUUCAUUACGGUAAUGCAGUGAAAUAAGUUAGCGUUUUUCUAAAAAAAAAUCCAGGGAAAUCGAUUCGUUUUGUAAUCGAUUUCUUUGUGUCGGCGGUCGUGGCAGCUGUUUGUUUUACGUCCUAUUUGAUUCUGAAAGGCAGCUAUUUUGUUUCUUUCGGCAAGGGCUUUUUUUUUUCUUAUCCCAGCACAACAGAGUGGCAUUUGUAAAAGUUCAUUUCCACAAUUGCUCUCCAAUCAUAUCUCUCCUUUUUUUUAGUUCAUUUUUUUUUUUUAAUCUUUUGUUUUCGUGUUGAUUUUAGUUUAUUCGAACGUGUUAUAUUUCUCCCUCUAUCGUUUCAUCUAUCAUAUUUUCCCUCCAUUCAUCCGUUUUCCUCGUUUCGGAAAAAGGUAAUACCAAUUCAAAAGAUGUUUACAAUCAUGUUUUUGAUGCUCAUUCAGGCGUCGAGUCUUCUCGGAAUGUAUCGGUUCCAAUUGAACCGAAAUGUGUGUGUGUUUUGAAAUGCUGUGUAGUGUAUCUCCUUCUCCUGCAUUUCUUGGCCCACUUGAUCAAAGGUGACCGGUAUGUAUCAUUUUAAACGUUAUAUCGAUCAUUAGGACGGCUUCAAAGAGCAGCUCUCGAUGGCUGAAGAUAGAAAACAUUGUUUUCACGACGUCGAGGAAAACUAGAAAUAUUUAAAAAGGUCAAUGAAUAAGGAUUCAUUCUUACGUUUUCCUUUGCGACAAGUAUUUUCUUCCCGAAUGGAAAAGAGAUUUUUUUUUUAAAAAUCGUAUGCAGUUUGAUGAGCAAAUGUGUGUGUGUGUAUGGUAUAUUUGAAUGUGGUGAGAAAAUGAGCUCUUGUCCAAUUGUGGGGCACUUAUCUUUUCUAUUUGUUCGAUCAGGUUUUGGAUUGCGUCAUCUAUUGUAACAUGUGAAACUCGUAGCACAUAAUUUUCGAGUGACUGAUCCAAGGUUGACCUUUAAAGAUUGUGGUUUUUGUCGAAUUGGUUGUCGUGUAAUAUAACUCAGUGUCUGCUUUUUAA